AUGGCAGCGCAGCAACAGCAGCAGGGUGUAGGAGCGGUUCCGCCGACCGGGAUGCAGCAAGCUACGUCUAUACAGCAACAACUUAGUCAACAACAAGACGUGGACCCGGUCCAGAGGUUCAAGAUGUUGAUCCCGCAGCUGAAGGAGAGCCUGCAGUUUGUCAUGAGGAUCGCGUCUUCGAAUUUGGAACACAACAUGGCAAUUGAUAAUGGGAUAAAAACCAACGAUCUCCCCGCACAACGCUUUGACAAAAGUCUGGAGGAGUUUUAUGCCCUUUGUGAUCAACUUGAACUCUGCCUGCGGCUGGCCUACGAGUGCCUCUCCCAGAGUAUAGACAGUGCUAAACACUCCCCCAACCUGGUCCCCACAGCCACCAAGCCCGACACGGUGCAGAACGAGUCACUGUCGUACUCCCAGUACCUUGGCAUGAUCAAGUCUCAGAUCUCUUGUGCCAAAGACAUCCACAACGCUCUGCUGGAAUGCUCUAAGAAGAUCGCAGGAAAGGGACAGCCACAAGGGAUCAUGCAGUAGUCUACACUAUGAUGCUCCUUCUCAACUUCAUCACAGAUGGUCGAGUGAAGAACAGAUACUUUUUUUUUUUUUUUUUUUACAUUGGAUCAAAGGCUAUCUGGAAGUAUUAGUGAUUGCGAUUCCUCCAUGUCCAGGCCUACCUUGUUUUUUUUUUGUAAGUUAUAUGGUUGUUUUAUGUGUAAAUAGUAUAAUUUCCAAAGAUGACCAGCAGGUGGUAGCAGUACCGUUUACUUUGCUACUUGCAUUGCAACUCGUCUAAAUAUUUUGUAGAAGCACCUUUGUAUGAAAAAAACCUGAUUGGGAUUUCUACAA